UUGUCCCCUAAGUUGUCCCCUCUCCACCAGAUACAUACUCGCCCCUUUUUGUCCAACAUGUCUGAUUGUGGCACUGCCUCUCCAUUAGAGGGCGCUGUCCAACAGAACUUGACAUGCUCUGCCAGUGACAGCACAGAGGUCAUCCCAUCACACCUGCCCCAGUCAUACCAGGAUUUCUUACGCUACAGGCAUUGCCGAGCGUUCCCAAUCCUGCUGACCCCUUCACCUUGCGAGGAUGAUCUCUUUCUGUUGUUGGUCGUGAAGUCCACAGCUGUUAAUGUAGACCGCCGCGCUGCAUUGCGGGACACCUGGGGUCACGCUGGUAGAAUCAAAGGUCAAAGAGUUAAGCUGGUCUUCCUCAUGGGCCGCUCCCAUGACCAGGUGCAGGGUCACGACCUCCAGCAACAGCUGCAGUGGGAAAGCCGUUGCUAUGGGGACAUCUUGCAGUGGGACUUUGCUGACGUCUUCUUCAAUCUGCCUCGGAAGGAGGUGGGAUUCCUCAGCUGGUUCUCGCGUAAGUGCAGCAGUGCACAGUUUGCCUUCAAGGGUGAUGACGACGUGUUUGUGAACACAGAGAAUCUGGUUGAUUUCCUGACAGCCCACAAGCCUGAGAAUCACCUGUUUGCUGGAUACAUCCACAACCCCGAGCUGCCUUUACGAGACAGAAACUCAAAGUAUUUUGUCCCUGUCGAGAUAUACCCAGAGGGGAAGCUCUAUCCACCCUUUCCAAGUGGAGGUGGAUAUCUGAUGUCGCGGCAGACUGUGUUGGGACUGAAUGUGGCGGCCCAGAAGGUGAAGCUGUUCCCACUCGAUGACGUAUUUCUGGGCUUGUGUUUGGAGCAAAUGGGUGUGGAGCUUACGCACCACAGAGGUUUUCUGACAUUCGGCAUCAGCAAUGACCUGAAGCGCCCCUGUGUUUAUCGCGAAAUCAUGCUGGUGCACCAGAUGAACCCAGCUGAGAUGCGGGACACGUGGUCGCUGAUGCAAGACAGUCCGCCAUGUGAUAGUGGGAAAACAUUUUGAGAGAAUCCCAAUUUUUUUUUACACAACACGUUGCAUGACAAAAAUACAAAAGACUAAAAAUAUUGUCCUUCAAAUGGUUCUGUUAUGACUUCACUUAUUUAGAGCAGACAGUUAAAUUAUGUUUUAGUAGUGGGAAAGUUGGGAUAUGGAAUAUUGGGGGUGGGCAUUGUGGGUCUGUCUGGACAUAAGCUUCAUAUGUGUAUGAAUCCAAUAUAAAUGAUACGUUUAGCUCCAACUUCUAUUCGCUCCUGUUAAGUUGCUUUUAGCACUAUCAAGCAGACAGAAAUGUAUACAGUUGUAAGAUGGUCUGCAGUACAAGUAAGUGGCAGCUGGUGUCCACAAUGAACUCUGUUCAUGAGCCAAAUAGCCCCUUUUAGAGUACACAUA